UAGUGAAAGCGAGGAAAUAUUACGGGACUGCGAGACCUUUCCCCACUUAUAGGACACGUCUUCAAGCAGUGCAGUGUGUGCAGUGUGUGUGUGUGUGUGUGUGUAAGACCACUGGUGGAGUGUGUAGGUCUGAUGAGUACUGUAGGGACAGAUGUGUGAGUGUGUAUGCAUGUGUUCAGGACACAGAAGCGUGUAGUUUAUGUGUGUUGUGUAGAGUGCGUAUAUAGAGAGUUUGUAUUUAGAGAGUGUGUGUGUGUCUUUAGGGUGUGUAUAGUGGGUCUAUAGACAGGGUGUGUGUAUGCUUGUGUUGACUGGGUGAGUCCCUGUAUAGACAGUGUGUGUGUGUAUAGAGUGUGUAUGUAUAGCGUGUGAGUAUAGAGUGUGUGUGUAUGCGUGUGUGUAGCAGGCACGUGCGUGUACAGACAGUACGUGUGUGGGUAGGCCUAUAUCACGUGUGUGUGUAGCGUGUGUAUAGAGUGUGUGUCUGUAGUAUGUGUAUAGAGCGUGUGUGUAUGCGUGUUGUUUAGAGAGUGUGUGUGUAACGUGUGUAUAGAGAGUGUAGUGUGUGUGUGCGCGUAUGCGUGUGUGUAGCAGGCGUUUGCGUGUGUAUAGCGUGUGUAUAGAGAGUGUAGUGUGUGUGUGUCUAUGCGUGUGUGUAGCAGACGUGUGCGUCUGCAAGACGCCACCGUGAUGUACCUGACGCUCCUCGCCACCCUCGUCGUGCUAUUGGUCGCCUCGUACCAAGCACCGCCCCCAACCCACCGCUUGGCCAACAAUCAGCUCACGCUGGACGCCGCGCUGCCCAAUCCGGUGGCGCUGGUCCCUCCGUUGACCAAUCAGGCGCUGUCGCUGGACGCCCCGCUGGCCUAUGGGGUCCCUCUGGACCCGGCGGGCCGGCUGGCUCUGCGCUGGAACGUGAGCUACGAGCGGCAGGAGGUUCUGAUGCAGGUCAAGACGGAUAUCGGGGCCACAGAGAGGCAGCGUGGCGUGCUGCUGGGCAUGUCGGACCGCGGGGACAUCAGAGACGCGGACCUGGUGGUGCUGUGGUACAACGGGACUCACACAUGCUUUGGGGAUGCCUAUACUGACCACCAGGGGGCGGUAUCGCUGGACCCCCAUCAGGAUUAUCAGCUUCUGGAUGCCCAGUACACAUCUGGCAACCUCACGCUCACGUUCAAACGGAAACUCAGCACCUGCGACAUACACGACUACACCAUAGAGGAGGGCACGGUGCACUUCAUCUACGCCAUGCUGGACCAGCCAAUCAGAUCGCUGGAUGGCCUCAACCUGUCGCUAUUGGAUACGGGGGUGCAGCGCGUUCUGCUGUUGCGUCCGGACACCCCCGCGCCCCCCCUCCCCCCCGGCACACACACCCUGGACGUGCUGAACCCCAACGUCAUCAUCCCCACGCAGGAGACCACCUACUGGUGCUACACACACACACUGCCACCAGGAUUCCAGAAGAAGCACAUCCUUAUGUAUGAGGCUGUGGUGUCCAAAAGUAACGAGGCCAUAGUGCACCACAUGGAGGUGUUUGAGUGUGACCGGUCGCGUGACGAGGAGCUGGAGCGCUUGGUGCCGUAUAGCGGAUCCUGUGAAGACAAGAUGAAGCCCAAACAGCUCAACGCAUGCAGACACGUACUGGCAGCAUGGGCCAUGGGGGCCGAGCCGUUCUACUACCCUGAAGAUGUUGGGUUGCCGUUUGGAGGAGAGGAGUCCUCGAGGUUCCUCAGACUGGAGGUGCACUACCACAACCCACUACUGAUCGCAGGUCGUCGUGACUCGUCGGGUGUGCGUCUGCACUACACCAGUGCUCUGCGCAGGUUUGAUGCGGGUAUCAUGGAGCUGGGCCUGGUGUACACGCCCCUCAUGGCCAUACCCCCCCAGCAGGGGGCGUACACACUCACUGGAUACUGCACACAGGACUGCACACACACCGCUCUUCCCCAGGGGGGUAUCAGUAUCUUCGCGUCCCAGCUGCAUACACACCUGGCUGGGCUGGGGGUGCGCACCGUCUUGGUGAGGGGGGGCCGGGAGCUGGAGGUGGUGCAGGAGGACAAACACUUCAGCACACACUACCAGACCAUUCGCAUGCUGAGGAAGAUGGUCAACGUUCGACCGGGUGACGCUCUCAUAACGAAGUGCACAUACAACACAGAGGGCCGGAACAACCCCACCGUGGGUGGUUUUGGCAUCAUGGAGGAGAUGUGUGUGAACUAUGUCCACUACUAUCCUCGUACUCAACUGGAGCUCUGCAAGAGCCACGUCGACCCCGCACACCUGCAGAAAUACUUCAGCCUCGUCAACAGGUAUAACGGCAUCGAUAGCUGUAAUAAUCUGGAUGUGACUGGUCAGUACUCCUCUGUGCCCUGGGAUUCCUUCAGCUCUGAUGUCCUCAAUGCUCUCUACACCAGCGCUCCCAUAUACAUGCACUGCAACCAGAGCACUGCUAAACUGUUCCCUGGUGACUGGGAGCGUGUGCCGCUGCCUCGGGUUCACACGGAGUUGAAGAGAGAGCCGUACCCCUGUGAAGAAGGACUGUAAAGCGGCCCUUGA